UGCAGAUAGGUCCGCAAUCUGUUGUGGUCGCUAGAGGACAGGCUUACCCUCCAAAGGAUGUUGUAACCGUCCAUGGGAUUGAGCGGCGAGAUGACCACACAAAAGUGCAGGUUGAUUUUGUGUUUGACAACUUCUUGGAAUUUCCACUCCCUAUUCCUAUCGCUGGUGGUGAUAUGUUCACUUUUGGCGAAGCCAAAAAUUCAUUUGUGUUAUGGCCUAAGUCAGGCAUACAACUAGCAGAGGAAACAACAGUUCAUGCAAAGCCUCAACAAGUCCCAGACACAUCGCCUCAGGUACUCCAUCACACACCUGAAAAGGAUAAAAUGCCAACACCAACAAUGGGUACCGAGAAUAUAGAUGUCACACAUAGUGCCUCCAAUGUCAGCAAGAAGAGGAAACAUAAGCAUAAAAAACAUAGCAAAAGCAAAGAGAAGGAGCAAAAAACUUCACAACAGAAAAACACAGAAGAUGAUGGUCUUGAUCCCCUUUGGACUCCCCCCUUUCAUCAACGAUCUCCACCACCAGUUCCAAAUAAUAAACAAUUUGUGCUAGGGCAGCCUUUAUUAUCUAGUGCAUUGCUUAAGAGGAUGGGUAAACAGAGCCAAUGUUUCCACAAAUGGUAUUUUGCUAUGACCACACCAAUAUCUCGAAGGCAAAGUGCCACACACUUCAUGGUACGAUACGAAGAACAUGAUUUUCUUGAAAAAUCUAGGGUCUAUGCAGUAGAAUUCAGUGAUGUAUUUCACAUCUACAAUGAUCUUGCCCUUGACAUAUCCUUACAUCGGAGUUGGAUGCUGUGAGUGAGAUCCACCAUUUCCUAUAAGUGUCUACUUUUUGUUCUUUAUCUAACUAUUCUUUUAAUAGAUGCAUGAGGAAGAUAGACAAAUACAGAGGCAUAGUUGGCUUUUUAGAUCCAGAGAUGAUCAUUUUAAAGAGAAUCAAUGAAGAGGCUGAUGAAGUCGAAGCAUACAUUGUGAAAGCAUUGCUUGCUCAGCAGGACAAGGAGUGCAUAUUUGUUGUUUGCCAGGAAGGUUACCAUUGGGCCUUGUUAGUUAUUUUCCCAAAAUGGAAUACAGUGUACAAUAUUGACUCCAAAGGUUACCAAUCCCCUAGCUGCUAUAGUAUUAAGAAGCUAUUCGACGAGGCUUUUGGUGCUUAUGUCGACAAAAAAGGUCGCCAUAACAAGAAUUUUGGUCGCACAGUUAUAUGGAAACAUUUUCAGGCACACAUACAACCACCUGGCAGUAUGCUUUGCGGACAAUAUGUGAUGUACCACAUGUUAUCCUUUGCGGAUAAUCUUAGUUUGGACCAUGAUCGAUAUCCUCAGGGUCGUGCUGGUUUUGCAACCUGUCCAUUAUUGCCUGAUGAGAUAGCAAAUGUCCGAGAACGGUUGCUCGACUUCUUCAUGAAUGAGGUGAUAGACAUUGGUGGAUCAUGCAGGGUUGAGGGUGCUUCAUAUAACUAAAUCUAGCAUGGCUUCCU